CAAUGGCGUCUGAAUUAAGCUCUGUACAAGAGGGCGCUGUUUGUGAGGAAGCCGACUGCGAAUCGAUUACUGACGUCACGUUCUACGUGAAGGAGAAGAAGAAACUCUGUCAUGACUGCGCCUUGAAAAAAGAAUGCAUCGGAAUAGCAAGAAGAGGUGGGCUUAACAUGUACUGUGAGAAACAUGAUAAAUUAAUUGAUCUAUAUUGUAAGACCCAUGGCAUACCUUUAUGUGUCUCUUGCACUCUAAUAGAUCAUGGGCAACAGCAAUGUUUGAAACAAGACGUAGAGGACGCACUCCCGGAAAUCAAAGCCUCUCUCGGCAUCCUCAGCAAAAAGGUGAUCGACAGAUUAGAGAUGCAUGGAAUCAAAGGCAUUGAGAUUCGUCACACCAGACAAGUCGCAGACGAACAUUUGCAAAAAAUUCAGAACGACGUUGAUUCCGUAAUCGAAAUCGCGAUCGAAAAAGACACAGCAAGAGAAAGGGAAGAUGCUGAUAAGAUCGACAAGGAAGUUGAUGGGGAAAAUGAACAAAUUCAAAAGGAGAUUCGAAAGCUCCAGGAUAAAAUUCAAAAGAACAAUGAGAAGAGAGAGAGGCGGCAUGAAGAAAAUCGUUCAGUUGCAGAGAAUAGACGAAAACCGAUGAUUGAUAAACAACGCAUUCUUCAUGCUGACAUUCAGAACAUCGCUCAAGAGAUCGAGAGAAAGAUUGGAGAGCUUGAGAAAUCAUGGCAAGACGACACCAAAUCAGCAGAGAAAGCAAAAGAGACACUGGACAGAAUUCUUGAAGACGAUAAAAAUAUUGUCAUAGAUGGACAUCGUGUGCAUGCAUCAGUGAGUGAGGAACUAAAGAAGCAACUGAAUGAGGGUGAGGUGAAAGAAAUAAAUCGUGUUGUAUCAGGUGUGAGGUUUGUGAAGGGUGUUGGGAGAGAGAAGUAUGAUGGAAGAAUUGAUGGGUAUGAUGGAGAGUGGAAGCUCAUUGAUACAAUCAAUGUCACAGAUAAAAUCAAUUAUCCGCGCAUUGUUGGAUGUAUAGAUGAAGAUAAGGUGAUGAUCAGAGAUGCACUGAUUGGUGAAGGACAUACCUUCAUGUUAGAUUUGAACAGUAAAACCACACAGAGAGUGAUCAACGGUAGUGAUACAUCAUUUAUAUACUCAUGUGCAGUACUGAAUGAUGACAAGAUAGUAUGUGGUAGAUACAUCAAAGGUUGUACAGGAGACAGUCUACCUGGGUGCAUCAGUGUAUACGACAGACAGUGGAAUCACAUCAAUGACGUCACAAUACCAAGAAACACGACGCGUACUGAUGUAGGGGUGCGCGUUGCAAUCGAUCAGGAUGGGAUGAUCAUCGCUGCUGAAGUGGAUCAGUCUAUGAUAUACGUCAUCAACCCAGCUAAUGAUGAGAUUAUCAAUACCAUCACGUGUAAAGAGAAGAUAGUAAUGCGCGAUGUGCUGUCAUCAGGUCACAUCAUCGCUCGACCUUCACCACCUGAUCGCAGAGCACUCAUCAUUGACAGAGAGGGUGAUCAUAGGGUAAUCCCCCACAGUGAUGUCAUCUUGAAUGUGUGUGUUGAUCGUAUGACAGACGACCUCUACGUCGUGACAUCAGAUGAUGAGUACAAGACGUGUGUGAUUGAUCAGGUGAUGAGUGAGGGUGAUAUGAAGAAGAGAAGAGUAGCAUCAUUCCCUUUAUCAACUACACUGAGGGAUGGAUUCGCUCACCUUGUUUUAUCUGGAGUGAUCAUGACAUCAUCAGGUGAUAUGAUUGCUAGUGAUGAACAUAAUAUUCUCAGAUUCAAAAAACGAUUCAUCCUCUAGCUCCAUGACAGAUGAAACCGAACAAACAAAUGAUAGUGGGAAUGAUGCUACAUCUAACCAAUAUAUGCUUUCAAAUUAAAAAGAAUAAAAAACACAAUGCAAACGCAUGAUUCAUUGUAAUUCAUGGUUUCUUUAUGGGUAAGCUUCAUAUUCAUAUUGAAAACCUAUCAGGGUUAAUACUCUUUUAU